AUGACUCCGAAAAGAAGAAGAAACAGUGAUGUUUCGACUUCUGCGAGAAUCAAAACAAAAACUACCGUUAAGAAGAAGGUUGCCCCUAAGAAAACUGCUCAUACGACAAUAACGUCAGAAGUAGAGCACAAGAAGAAGAAGAAGAAGAACAACAACAACUUCUUUAGUACUCGAAGAUUCAUAUUCAUUUUUGGAAUUGUAUUGGGAAUUGUGUGUGCAGGAUAUUUUGGAACUAAAACGGUGAUGGAUACCGAUUUUCUUUCAGACCCUGACACUUACAAUCGUAUGACGCAAUACUGGGAGGAUUGGAAGGAUGUGCUACCACAGGGGCUCCAGUCGUUGUUAGAAGAGUCGGGAAAGGAAGAAUUUCAUGAUCCAAGCGCGUCAUUUGCCAUCGGGAAAUUGGUGAAGAAGAAAGGAUACGAGGCGAAACAUAACGUGAUUCUUGUUCCUGGAACUACGAGUAGCGGUAUUGAAAGUUGGGGAUUAGAAGGUGUAGAAGGAUGCCCGUCAGAGUCUUAUUUUAGAAAGAGGCUCUGGGGAUCUUUUUUCAUGGUCAAGACUAUGGUUCUCGAUAAAGACUGUUGGUUGAAACACGUUAAGUUGGAUCCGACGACAGGAUUGGAUCCUCCUGGAGUCAAGUUGCGAGCUUCACAAGGCUUUGAUGCGGCAGAUUUUUUCAUCACUGGCUAUUGGAUUUGGAAUAAGAUUAUUCAGAAUCUGGCUGUGAUUGGUUACGGUCCUGACAAUAUGUUUAGUGCAUCAUACGAUUGGAGAUUAGCAUAUUUAGAUCUGGAGAUAAGGGAUGGAUACUUCACUCGGCUUAAAAACAACAUCGAAACUAUGCAGAGUGUAAAUGGUCAGAAGACCGUGCUGCUUGGCCAUUCGAUGGGAGCACAGGUUAUCUUUUAUUUUAUGAAAUGGGUGGAGGCUGAUGGUGAAUACUUUGGUAAUGGGGGAAAGCAUUGGGUUAACGACCAUAUUGAAGCGUUUGUGGAUAUCUCUGGAUGCCUGCUAGGAACACCGAAGGCUACAGUGGCAUUGUUAUCGGGAGAAAUGAAAGAUACCAUUCAAAUGCGUGGAUUGGGCGUACAGGUACUAGAGAAGUUCUUCUCCAGAAGUGAAAGAACGGAACUGCUUCAAUCUUGGGGAGGUGUUGUGAGUAUGCUACCAAAGGGAGGAGAUCUAAUAUGGGGGAAUCAGCAAGGGGCUCCAGAUGAUUUGCUUUUACAGAAGGGACAAGAUAACUCAAGUGGAACUCUUGGUAACUUUAUCCGGUUUACCGAUCCUACAGGAGAAUACUCGUCGCGGAACUUGUCCAUCGAGGAGUCUGUUGAUUUCUUGUAUGAACAGGGCUCUCACUCGUUCAAGAAAAAUGCUUUGGAACAUGGUUCGACGGGUUAUGCCACCAGUGAAGAGGAGCUAAAGGACAACAACGAUAAGCAUAAUAAAUGGGUGAAUCCAUUGGAAGUGGCAUUGCCAAAUGCACCAGAUAUGAAAAUUUAUUGCUUUUACGGAGUUGGAAAGCCAACAGAGCGUGCCUACUACUAUAAAGAAGAGGAGGACAAAGCUAGUGCACACUUGAAUGUAUCUGUGGAUAUGAGUAGAGACGUGCCAGUUCUUUUCGGAGAAGGUGACGGUACAGUUUCUCUAAUGACGCAUUAUAUGUGCUACAAAUGGGCUGAAGCUGGACAUAACAUGUACAAUCCGGGAAAUUCCAACGUCACUAUAGUGGAGAUUAAGGACGAACCUGAUAGAUUUGAUAUUAGAGGUGGAGCAAAGACUGCUGAUCAUGUGGACAUAUUAGGAUCUGCAGCAUUGAACGAACUUUUAUUGAGGGUGGCGAGUGGCCAUGGAGAUGGAAUCUCUAAUCAUUACGUGACUAAGCUGAAAGAUUUGGCUCUCAGGAUUGACGCUACAAAGUUUGCACCUUAG